CUCUCUCUCUCUCCCAUCCCCUCCUCCUCCCGCCCGUGUGUAAAAAAAAUGGAUCGCCAGAGAGGAGAGGGCGAAGACAGUUUAGACUACUCCGUGGAAAAUGUGGAAAAGGCAUUGCACCAGUUGUACUAUGAUCCAAAUAUUGAUAACAAAAACUUGGCACAGAAAUGGUUGAUGCAGGCACAAGUCUCCCCUCAAGCUUGGCAUUUCAGCUGGGCAUUGCUCAGCCCUGACAAAGUGCCUGAAAUCCAGUACUUUGGACCAGUGCCCUUCAUAUCAAAAUCUCCCGUUACUGGAAUGACAUCAUCAGAUCAGUAUGAGACUCUGAAAUCUCAGCUUUUCAACCAGAUUGCACGUUUCGCUUCUGGAUCCAAGAUCGUGCUGACCAGACUGUGUGUGGCGUUGGCAUCGCUGGCGCUUAACAUGAUGCCAGAGAGAUGGCCAAAUGCGGUGGGUGACAUGGUGAAGAUGUUCCAGACUGAAAGUUCGGAUGUGGAUGGGAAAGCUAGAUGUAUGGCUUUGCUGGAGCUGCUAACUGUCCUCCCCGAGGAGUUCCAAACCAGCCGUCUGCCACAAUGUAGGAAAGGCCAAGUGCGAAAUGCCUUAGCACAAGAGUCUGGUGCAGUCUUCCCUCUUCUACAGCAACUCUUACAGCCAGAUUCCCCUGUGUUCAUCAGUCAAAAGGCUCUCAAGUGUUUCUCAAGCUGGGUGCAACUGGAUGUUCCCCUCUUGGAUUGUGAGUGCUUGAUGCAGGCCUCCUUCACAUCUCUACGGAAUGCUGAGCUUUUUGACACAGCAGUUGAAGCGCUUGUUAAUGCCAUCUCCCAACCUGAUGCACAAAGAUAUGUGAACACGUUACUGAAGUUGAUCCCACAGGUGCUGCAGCUGCAGGAGCAGCUGAGACAAGCCGUUCAAAAUGGAGAUAUGGAAACUUCACACGGGAUCUGCAGAAUUGCUGUGACUCUUGGAGAAAACCAUUCAAGAGCCUUGUUGGAACAGGUGGAACACUGGCAGACCUUUCUAGCACUCGUCAACAUGAUCAUGUUCUGCACAGGAAUUCCAGGUCAUUACCCAGUGAACGAAACCACAAGCUCCUUAACUCUCACUUUCUGGUACACAUUACAGGAUGAUAUAAUGUCAUUUGAGGCUGAGAAGCAGGCUGUAUACCUACACGUAUAUCGCCCAGUUUAUUUUCAACUUGUCGAUGUUCUACUUCACAAGGCCCAGUUUCCAUCUGAUGAAGAAUAUAGCUCAUGGUCCUCUGAUGAAAAGGAACAGUUUAGGAUAUACAGAGUUGAUAUCUCGGAUACUCUAAUGUAUGUAUAUGAAAUGCUAGGAGCUGAGCUGCUAAGUAAUCUAUAUGACAAAUUAGGAAGACUGUUAACUAACACCGAGCAAUCAACUUCAUGGCAGCACAUUGAAGCCUGUUUGUAUGGGUUUCAGUCCAUUGCGGAAACCAAUGAUGUCAACUAUUCCGAUGUUAUUCCAGGCUUGAUUGGACUUAUCCCAAGGAUAAACAUCAGCAAUGUGCAACUAGCUGAUACAGUAAUGUUUACCAUAGGUGCGCUAGCUGAAUGGCUGGCUGAUCAUCCAGUGAUGAUUAACAGUGUAUUGCCAUUAGUACUGCAUGCUUUGGGAAACCCAGAGCUUUCUAUAUCUAGUGUGUCCACACUGAAGAAGAUAUGCAGAGAAUGCAAGUAUGACCUACCUCCCUAUGCUGCUAAUAUUGUCGCCAUUUCUCAGGACGUUUUAAUGAAACAAAUCCACAAGACAAGUCAGUGUAUGUGGCUGAUGCAGGCACUGGGAUUCCUGCUCUCUGCUCUCCAAGUUGAGGAAAUCCUUAGGAACCUGCACUCGCUCAUCAGCCCCUACAUCCAACAGCUGGAGAAACUUGCUGAUGAGCCGCCAAAUCCAUCAAAUAAACUAGCAAUUAUACAUAUUUUGGGUCUGUUGUCCAAUUUGUUCACCACAUUGGAUAUCAGUCACCAUGACGAUGAGCCGGAAGGCACUGGAGCAAAGAAAAAAUCCACCUUGCAAGGACCUAACCCUGUGGUGGUGGUUCUACAACAGGUGUUUCAACUCAUCCAGAAAGUGCUGUCCAAAUGGUUAAAUGACGCUCAGGUUGUAGAGGCGGUGUGUGCAAUCUUUGAAAAAUCUGUGAAGACUCUGCUGGAUGAUUUUGCACCUAUGAUCGCACAGCUUUCCGAAAUGCUGGGUCAGAUGUACAGCACUAUCCCACAGGCAUCUGCGUUGGAGCUAACACGACAGCUGGUGCAUAUAUUUGCCAAUGAUGGAACUCAUUUUGUCCCAGUAAAGGCCCUCUUCCUGCUCGUUACUUCUGUGACUCUGUCAAUUUUCCAACAAGGACCCAGGGAUCAUCCUGAUAUUGUUGAUUCAUUUAUGCAACUCCUGGCACAGGCUCUCAAAAGGAAGCCAGAUUUGUUUUUAGCAGAGAACUGUGAUGUGAAGGCUUUGUUUCAAUGUGGGGUCAUAUCUCUGAAAUUCCCAGAAGCUCCAACAGUGAAAGCAACAUGUGGUUUCUUUACUGAACUGCUACCCCGUUGUAGUGAAAUCCAGCCAGUUGGCCAGGUUGUCCAUGAGAAUGGGAAAGUCUUGUUGCAGGCAGCUCUCGAGGCUAUUGGCGGACAAGCUUCAAGGAGUCUGAUGGACCACUUUGCAGAGAUUUUGUUUGCUUUGAAUAAGCAUUGUAUAACCUACUUGAGUAUCUGGUUAAAAGAAGUGAUGCAGCAACAGAAUUUUCCGUCAGCCCGUCUUACACCAGAACAAAAAGAAACCUUUAGUCAACAGAUUUUAAGAGAACGUGUGAACAAGAGGCGAGUGAAGGACAUUGUCAAGGAGUUCACCUUGUUGUGCAGGGGGCUUCACGGCACAGAAUACGCAGCCGAGUACUGAGAGUCCACAAACACUCCUCGACCGCAUGCUUCCUGUGUCCUCAACAGACAUGUUUGCACCGUUUUCUUCUGUAAAGUACAUUUUGCUGAGAGAGACUUUUUAAAAUGGCAACUGGGGCUCCUGCCCGCACUACAGGAUCCGGGAAGAGAAAAGGAUACCUGCCCUUGAGUGUAGCCAUAUAAUGAGGCUUUUUUAAUUUAAAAGAAAAAGUGGACUUCCUGCCUGCCUGCCUGCCUGCCAUAGGGCUGGUAAAUUUGAGAGAAAAGGUGCAAGGGACGUUGGUUGCCCCUAAUUUGCGAGUAACUUGUGUACAUGUUUUGUGUCGUAUUUAAAGCUUGCUCCUGGAGUCCUGUGGUUUUGGCACUUUUGUAAACACAUAAUGAUAUCUAGUGGAGGGAAUGUGUUAAUCCCAGAUGAUUCAGUUGUGGAAUAGUACUGGUGAUGCUGCUAUAAUGUCUGAAUGAAGAAUCUAACUGGCAUAAAACCAUUUUAAAUCAAUCUAGUACCUUUGUUAAGCUGCUUUGCUCAUUUUGUAUUUUCUUUUUUUCUUUAAUUUAAUGACAAACGUGGUGAUCUGGGCUCCUGGUGAGAAUAUGACAAGAGUCUGGAUUUAUUAUUUUUUUUAAAUGGCUUUUGGUCUGUAGUUAUUGCCAUUUGUGAGUUUCAAAGGGCUGGACAUCUGAUUAAAAGAAACUGACAUUCACCUGGGCUUCGACCACUGUCCAUUCUGACUUAGCAAAGUCACAUUGGGCCCAGGAAGGGAAUACACGUGUUGGUUGAUGACCGCUUUGCCAAUUAUACCUAUUGCACAAUGAAAGCAGUGAACCGAGGAACGCAGACUGUUUACUCCCUUCCUUCCCAAAGCUUUGAAGCUUGGAAAGCGUUGUUACAGCUCUUACUUCAUUUCAUGUUGUUUGAACCUUUUGUAUUAGGCAUUGUGCUUCUCUCUGUACAAGAAAUAACCCCAUACCAGCUUAAUGUGCCUCCAAGCUGUUCUCACCUUCUUCCUGUGUGUGUAUCCUUGUGCUAAUAGAACUUUUUGGAAGUUCCACAGAUAUGGUGAGCACUGGUCUCAAAAGUAUGGGGAGGAAAGGAGGAGAAAAAAACGGGCUAAUUUACUGCUAGUAAGCUCUCCACUGGGAAAUGGUACUGUAGCCUGUUGGUUUUCUAUUGUGAAAUAAAGCGUCACUUAUAAUUGA